AUGGACGACUCACAAGCUGAGGAUGACACUAACGGGGCACUCUCCAGUGUCACACAAGUCCAAAUUGACCCCGAUGGAGACCUCACCUUGCGGGCGGGGCAGCAGACAGACAAGCCCGAAAAAUCAUUCCAUGUCUGCGCCAGCGCCUUGCGACGGUCAUCGCAGGUCUGGAAGAAGAUGCUCUUUGGCCCAUUCAAAGAGUCCAAACCGGCCUUUGGGCCAUGGGUGGUGAACCUCCCCGAAGACGACCCCGAGGCUUUGGAGAUCAUCCUCAACAUCAUCCACGCAAACUUUCCCUUGGUCCCGAAUACGCCUAGCAUAUUUGAGCUUUAUGAGAUUUUCCAGAUGGCGAACAAGUACGACAUGAUUCCGGCUCUGAAGCCUUGGGCUGUUGCUUGGUUGCAUGUGGCGGAGAAUUGCCAAAAGGUCGCGAAUCGCUUUGAAGGCCGAGAGAGAGCAGCAUUGUCCUAUGUGGCGUGGGAGUUGGGACAGGUUGAGCUGCAUAGGCAAAUGGUCAAGGAAUUGAUUAUGUACUCUUCGCUCAGCGAAGACGGGCGCAUGAUCAGCCAAAAAGUGUUGUUGGAUGAUGUUGGUCCUAUCGGUCCACCCGGUCUACUAGGUAACAUCUAUGCCUGCCUCACCCUUGGUUUGGCUGCUGCACUCAAAUGGAUCACUAACUGA